GCUGAUGAGCAAGUGGCUACUAAUGUAUCCACUUGUGAAGUUUGUUCUAUCGACACACCUUGAAUGAUUUCAGCCUAACACCACAUGCAAAGGGCUUCGAGUCUUCGGCCUUAUUAUAUAAAGAGCCUGGACAACUUCUUGGGUGUUUGAUUACGCUAAAGAAUGGGGAGUCCUGCUGCAAAGAGAGUCCUUCUCACCUCCAAUGGGGAUGAAAUUUCAUCCAACAUAGCCUUACAACUGGCCCAGCGCGGUUGCAGAUUGGUUUUGAUGGGAAAAGAGAGUUCUUUGAAGAGUGUUGCAGAGAAAGUGAGGGGAUCGCUGGAAGGUGUGGUGUCUGUAGAGGUGAUUGGUGUUGACAUGGAGGAGGAAAGAGAAGGAGUUUUUCAUGAGGCUGUGGAUAAGGCUUGUGAAAUAUUGGGAAAUUUGGAUGCCUUUGUGCAUUGCUGUGCCUAUGAAGGAGAGAUGCAAGAACAUCUGCAAUUAUCGGAAGAUGAGUUUAAAAAGAUAAUGAAGAUAAAUUUCAUGUCUGCAUGGUUUCUGGUAAAGGCUGUUGGCAGAAGAAUGCGAGAUCAUAAGUCAGGAGGUUCCAUCAUACUGCUGACCUCAAUUGUUGGAGCUGAAAGAGGGCUUCAUACUGGAGCUGUAGCCUAUGGUGCUUGUUCAGCAGCACUGCAGCAGUUAGCAAGGUUGUCGGCUUUGGAGAUUGGAAAAUACCAGAUCAGGGUUAAUGCAAUUGCACGUGGUUUGCAUUUGGAAGAUGAAUUUCCCAUGUCUGUGGGAAUGGAGAGGGCAAAGAAUCUGGUGAAGGAUGCAGUUCCACUGGAGAGAUGGCUCGAUGUUAAAAAUGAUGUGGCUUCAACUGUCAUAUAUUUGGUCAGUGAUGGUUCAAGGUACAUGACGGGCACAACUAUAUUUGUCGACGGGGCACAGUCUCUUGUGAGGCCUCGGAUGCGUUCUUAUAUGUGAUUCUUGUCUCCAUUACAUCGUCCUAGCUAUUAUCAGUUAAUUAGAUUUGUUCGUAGGUUAACUGAUUGGCCAUUUUUAUAUUUGUUUCUUAUGAAUCACAGUCAAGAUUCAAUUGCCUUUCUAAACACGAUGGGACUGGAAUGAUAGCUAUCCUAUACUGAGGUGCAGAAUUUUCAAAGAAUGGAACACAGUCGGUGCCAAUUUCCAAUUUCUGUAGCAUAACUUCAGCAU